AUGACACCAAAAUGGCAAACCACACGCCUCCUCCACGGAGUCCGAGCCAUAGUCGGCGGCCAAGGUCCCCCUGUGAUUCUCAUUCCAGGCUGGCCACAAACAGUAGAGGCAUUUAGCGACAUCUUCGAGCCCCUUUCGAAGCAUUAUCAGUUUUUCGCUCUCGACCCCCCGGGCUUGGGGGAUUCCCUUCCUCCCGUGGAUGGCUACGAUACCGCGAAUGUGAGCAGAGUCAUGGCCGAAGCGAUUCACGAUGUCGUGAAGGAGACACCGUACCAUCUUGUUGGCCAUGAUGUGGGUGGAUGGAUUGCUUAUCCUUGGGCUGCUCAAUUCCAAUCGCGAAUCAAAUCGCUCAGCAUCCUCGACGCCUCUGUGCCGGGCUUCCUGCCCCAGCUUCAGUUUCCGUUGUCUCGUCAGACCAACUUGCGUCUUUGGCAGUUCUCAUUCAACGCGCUUCCUGAAUUGCCUGAAAUUCUGACUCGUGGUCGUGAGCGAGAGCUGCUGACCUGGUUUUUUAAUUUGAAGACGGCUCAUGCAGAUGGUCUACCCAAAGAUCAGUUGGAACGCUAUAUCCAAGCCUAUUCAAGGCCCGGAGCGAUGAGUCGGGGGUUCGAGUAUUACCGGGCUUUCGAAACAAGUGCACAACAGAACCUAGAAUAUGCAAAGACACCACUUGAUAUCCCGGUCUUAGCUCUAGGAGGUGCCGGCUCCGUCGGCUCGAAUAUGAUUCAUUUGGUCCAAAACUUCGCGAACAACGUCUCCGGGGGCGCGAUUGAUGACUGCGGGCACUUUCUCCCCGAAGAGCAACCGUCUGCUGUCGCGCAGAGACUGCUGGAGUUUUUGGAGGCAAACCAAACAGAGUGA